AUGAGUAGCAUCGGAUAUGACCCCUACUACUCCACCACGUCAUAUAGACGCUGGUAUGUCGAGGCUCCCCCUCGUGUGGUUACCAGAGGGAGGACCCACUCCGUCUACUCCUCCCAUGCUUCCCCGCUGUCCUCCCGUCUGCAGUACUCCUCUCCCGGCCGGGUGCUGCUCUCCUCCUCCUCACAAGCCUCUUCCCUGGAGCUGGAGCUCAGCCAGGCGGCCCAGAUCAGCUCUGAAUUCCGCACUGUUCGCACCCAGGAGCGCAGCCAGCUGCAGGACCUCAACGACCGCUUUGCUGGCUUCAUUGAGAGAGUGCGUGAGCUGGAGCAGCAGAACCGUGCUUUGGAGGCAGAGCUCCUGCUGCUGAGGCAGAGGCACACUGAGCCGUCCCGCCUGAGAGCACUGUACGAGCAGGAGGCCCGCUCCCUGAGAGCUGCUGUGGAUGAGGCCAGGGCAGAACAGCAGGCUGUCCUGGGACAGAGAGAGCGGCUGGAACAAACGCUGAGUGCCCUGCAGGGUCGAUAUGAGGAAGAAGUGCUGGCUCGUGAAGAGGCUGAGGGCAGGCUGGUGGAGGCCCGUCGUGAGGCUGACCAGGCUGCCUUAGCUAAGGCUGAGCUGGAGAAGAGCAUCGAAACUCUGCUGGAGGAGCUGGCCUUCCUCAAGAGGAUUCAUGAGGGUGAGGUGGCUGAGCUUCAGGCCCAGGUCCAGCUUGGCGUUCAGGUGGCAGUAGAGUCUGAGGCCGCAACUCCGGAUCUCUCUGGCGCUCUCAGGGACAUCCGGUCCCAGUAUGAAAGGCUGGCAGCAAGAAACAUGCAGGCAGCAGAGGAGUGGUUCAGAGGGAAAGUGGGCUCCAUGACUGAGACCGUGGCCCAGCACAGUGACGCCGUAAGAAGCUCCAAGGACGAAGCAGGAGAGUACCGACGCCAGCUCCAGACCCGCCUGCUGGAGAUCGAUGCAUGCAGAGGCCUCAAUGAAUCCCUGGAGAAACAGCUGCAUGAGAUGGAUGAGAAGCAGAGUGCCGAGAUCGCUGCUAUGCAGGACACCAUCAGAGAGUUGGAGGGUGAGCUGAGGGGCACCAAACAGGAAAUGGCACGCUACCUGAAAGAGUACCAGGACCUUCUGAAUGUCAAGAUGGCUCUGGACAUUGAGAUUGCUGCAUACAGGAAGCUGCUGGAAGGGGAGGAGUCUCGCUUCAGUGUGGGAGUGGCUGGGGGCGUGUCCUCUCUGUACAGCCACAGUUUGUCAGCGCCCUCCUUCGUCCGACCCGUCCUCUCCAGCCUGAGCUCCGGCACCUCCUACCUGAUGACGUCCCGCCUGCUCAGCUCCAGUGUCAGCACCACUGAGGGGAUCAUCUCUGCCAGCCAAGCCCAGCAAGCAGAGGCCAGCCCACCCGGGGAGGAGGAGGAGGAGGCGGAGGAGGUGAAGGAGGAAGAGGAGGAGGAGGCAGAGAAGGAAGAAGAGGGAGGAGAGGAGACAGAGGAGGCAAAGGAGGACGAGGAGGAGAAGGAGGAGGAGGAGGAAGAGGAAGGAGAGGAGGAGGGAGAUAAGGAGAAAGAAGAUGAAGAGGAGGCUAAGGAAGGAGAUGAAGAGGCUAAGGAGGAAGAAGAGGGUGGUGAUGAGGAGGAGCAGAAGGAAGAGGUGACAGAGGCUGCUGAAGAGGAGGGGGAGAAAGAGGACCAAGGAGAAGGAGAGGAGACUGAGGUUAAAGAGGAAGCACAAGAGGAGGUAAAAACAGAAGGAGCUGAUGACAAAGGUGAGGAUGCAAAAGAAGAAGAAAAGGAAGAGAAAGAAGAAGAAAAGAAAAGCGACGAGAAAGAAGAUAAAGACGAGGCCAAGAAAGAGGACAAAGCUGACGACAAAGAUGACAAAGCUGCUCCAAAAACAGAUGACAAAGCUGACACAAAAAAGGAGAAGGAGGAGGGAAAAGCAGCCAAACCUGAAGUUGCCGAAGAAAAGAGCACAAAGGGUAAAAAGUAA